AUGAGCGAAUACUGGGUCUCCAAGAAGAAAUAUUUCUGCAAGUACUGCGAGAUAUAUAUAACAGACGAUGCGCCCUCACGAAGGCAGCACGAGAACGGCCUGAGGCAUCAAGGCAACAAGGAGCGAUUCGUCAGAGGCUUGUACAAGGCGAGCGAGAAGAAAAAGCAUGAUGCCGAAGAAGAACGCAGGGAAAUGGCAAGGGUCGAACUGGCCGCCCAAGCUGCGUUCGCGCAAGACGUGGGGUCUGGUAUUGCUAGACCUAGUACAUCGGCAUCCUCGGCACCAACAGCCUCUACUUCUCGAAAGUCUGCCGCUACACCCGUCUCGUCGAGCCCGUGGGCCAAUUACACGACUGCGGAGUCGCUCGGCAUUACCGACCCAGAUGAAGAGCGUAGGCGAGCGGAGGCUGAGCGGCGGCGGACGAUGGGCGUCGCGGGCGAGUGGCAGAUAGUAACGCCCACGAUGCCGUCACAGAACGCUUCGCCAGCUCCAGAGAUCCCAUACAGCGCCGUCAGUGCCGAUGCAUCACAGAAACGACCGGCAGAAGCUGCUCCUCCAGAGGACGAUGCACCUCGGGGUUGGAAGUUAAAGAAGAAGAAACUGGACGUGGGAUUAGGGGAGGUUUACGACCCUGGGCUUAUUCCGAUAAAGCUGAAGACCAAGAAGGAAGAACCAGCGGAUCGCGAACUACCCCAGGUGAAGACGGAGACAGAAGCCUCCGCCUCGAGCUCUACGCAAGGGAGUGUAAUAUCUGGCAAUCCCAACGCUACUCCUCUUCCAAAGUGGUCGAAGAUACAGUGGAAGAAGCCCGGGGAGCCGUCUGAGACCAGUCCUGCUCCAGAGUCGCGGGAUGUGGAUCCGGCUGGACAGGAAGUAAAGCAGGAGUCUCCGGAGGCGCAACAGACUGUCAAGGCCGAAGAUCCUUCACCCUCGCUCCCCCUAGAAAGUUCGGUCCCACCUAUAGAUACUCAAUUGAAACAAGAGGAGGAACCCUCGGUUAAAUUGGAAGAACCCUCAUCUCAGACGGGGUUUCCAGCACCGUCUUCCGGCGGUGGAACCUUGUUCAAGAAACGGAAGGCACCUCCGGGGACUGCUGGUACGAGAUCGAGAAGAGGAAUGUGA